AUGCCAUCCCGACUCAGGAAGACCCGAAAACUUCGGGGCCACGUGAGCCACGGCCACGGCCGCAUCGGCAAGCACAGGAAGCACCCGGGGGGCCGCGGUAAUGCUGGUGGCUUGCAUCAUCACAGGAUCAACUUCGACAAAUAUCACCCAGGUUACUUUGGGAAAGUUGGUAUGAGGCAUUUCCACUUAAAGAGGAACCAGAGCUUCUGCCCAACUGUCAAUCUUGAUAAACUGUGGACCCUGGUCAGUGAGCAGACGCGGGUAAAUGCUGCCAAAAGCAAGACUGGAGUUGCUCCCAUCAUUGAUGUGGUGCGAUCGGGCUACUACAAAGUUCUGGGGAAGGGAAAGCUCCCAAAGCAGCCUGUCAUUGUGAAGGCCAAGUUCUUCAGCAGAAGAGCCGAGGAGAAGAUUAAGGGUGUUGGUGGGGCCUGUGUCCUGGUAGCUUGA